AUCAUCAUCCGCGCGCCGAUCAGAAUUGCGGCGCGCGCUCACGCACCACAGACAGAUUGAUAGAGACUGGGAGAAAGAGAGCGAGGGAGAGAGAGAGAGACCCUGCGACCACUGGAGACAGGCAGCUCCACAGCCGCUCAGCUACAUUGCCAGGCAGGAGGAGCCUGCAGACACACCGACAUGCACGAAAGUGGAGGCUGAGACACAACUUGGACUGUGUGGAGUAAAAACUCGUAGACAGCCAGUCCCUCGGCGAUGCUUAUCCGACACCACGCUAGAGAUUAAUCACCGAUCACCAGGACUGAUCGCCCGCCAGCAGAUCCCGCAGUGCAGCGGAGAAACCAGACCAUCGUGCCCCCCUCUCCGAGCUCCAGGAAGAAGAGGCAAACAUGUCAGAGAGGAGAGGUCAGAAGAAGUCCAUCUUUCUGUCCUCAUUAUUAGUGUGUUGUAUGUUUGCUAGUGCGGAGUAUUCCAGCUGUGGAGAGUACGAAUUCUUCAACCAGACCAGUAACAGUUGCCAGGCCUGCCCUCAGUGCCAGCCAGGACAAGAGCCGCAUAUGACCUGUGGCUACGGUGUGAAGGAUGAGGACUUUGCCUGUGUGCCGUGCCAACAGGGGAAAUAUUCCAAAGGGAGGUAUGAGAUCUGCAGACGGCAUAAAGACUGUGACGCCCUCUACAAAGCCACUGUUCGAGUAGCAGGAACCCCGGACAGCGACGCUGAGUGUGGACCCUGUUUACCAGGGUAUUACAUGCUGGAAAACAGACCCAGGAACAUCUAUGGGAUGGUUUGCCACUCUUGCCAGAACGCACCACGCAACACCAAAGAAUGCAUGUCAACAAGCGGGCCAAGAGAAAAACCUCAAAUUGACCCUGGUAGCACUACUGUGUUUCCUCAUCCACAUAAAGAUUCCACCGGACAAGGUCACCUAGCAACAGCUCUCAUUAUCGCCAUGUCAACCAUUUUCAUCAUGGCCAUUGCCAUCGUCCUUAUCAUCAUGUUUUACAUCCUGAAGGCCAAACCGAGUAGCCAGGCAUGUUGUUCUGGACAAGUUGUGAAGGCAGUGGAAGCUCAGACCAACAAACAGGAAGACAAGAAAGAUGUCCCUGACAAUGUGGUGAUCUACUCAGAGAAAGACGAGUUUGACAAACUAAAAGCUCCUCCUCAGAAGACGGUGAAAAGUGAAAAUGACGCAUCAUCAGAGAACGAGCAGCUGUUGAGCCGUAGCAUUGACAGCGAUGAGGAGGCGGCGUCUGAGAAGCAAGGAUUAGCUGAGACUAACAACCCCAACCUGUGCCUCGUCAACCUGGGAAACAAGCCCGACCUCUGCCUGCUCUCUCUGGGCCUCUUGGACCGCGACAGAGCCUACAACGGGACCCCCAACAUUACAGGCGGCCAGGCCAAUAACACCCCGAGUCCCAACCACAUCGGCAAUGUCAACCACAUCACCAGCACCAAUCACAUGAGCAGUGUGAACGCAAUCAAUAACAACAAUAAAACCCCAGGGAUGCUACAGAGUCGAAGGAAAAAGAUCCUGGAUCUGUAUGCCAGAGCCUGCAAUGUGACAGAGGGCCUGAGCCCAACAGAGCUUCCCUUCGACUGUCUGGAGAAGGCCAGCCGCAUGCUGAGCUCCUCCUACAGCAGCGAGGCGGCCGUGGUGAAGACGUGGAGGCAUCUGGCCGAGAGCUUCGGGCUGAAGCGUGACGAGAUCGGUGGCAUGAGCGACGGCCUGCAGCUCUUCGAGAGAGUGAGCACGGCGGGCUACAGCAUCCCCGACCUCCUGACCCGCCUGGUACAGAUCGAGAGGCUGGACGCUGUUGAGUCACUCUGCUCGGACGUGCUGGGCAGCAGUGAGAUAGCGGCGGCUGCCGGACGGCAGGGCAUCGGCAGUUUUCACAGCCAGUUGGUCUGUCCAUCCCCGUGCUCAUCUCCAUCCCAGCGCUGCGCCAGUGUCUAAACAUGCUAACAGGUGGAGCAGAGACUUCAGAGACUUGGAUGCCUUACUGUAUACAUAUAUGUAGGGACAGAUACAGCACAUAUACAGUACAGUCCUUACCCCAUCACAUGAAGAAUGUCAGUGGACCUCCCUGUGCACAAUCCUUUUUUCCUAUUAUCGGUUUUCUCUGUCAAGAAGCUAGUAAUACUUUAUAUGGCCUUAAUUUUCUCUCUUUCUAAACUGUUGCAGAGUUUGAGAAAGGCAAAAUCAAAGACCAAAGAUUAAGAUUAUUCUUUAGUUUGUUAGUUCAGAUAUUUUCUCCUCUGACAAAGAAUCUAAUAAUCAGAAUUUGUUUCUGUUUUAUUAGAUUUUUGUCUUUUUCAAAUGCUAGGGAAUUUUAGCCAAACAUAGCUAGGUUAACUGUGCGCUGGACGCAACACAAUAACAGCUUUUACAGUAUUUUUUCAAAACAUUUGAUACAAAAUUUUGUAUGCAGCUUACAAAAUCACACAAAAAGAUGCAAUGGUGUGCUGAUGGAAAUGGUCACUGAGCAGCUCCACUGCAGCAGUGCCAAUUAAGUGCCUUUCUUGCAGGCACACCGGUAUAACAGUGCAUUAUUAGUAGGAGGAAUAAGGAUGUCUUCUUAGCUGUCCUCUCACUGAACCUUCUGUUCAGGACCAAAACUGUCUGGUUAAACCGCAGCUGAAUAACUAGAUGUUUGUGUCCGUAUAAAGAAAGCGACCUGGUUUGACCGCAGCAUCAGUUAAUAUUCAUAACUGUGGUAUAUUUAAAGAAUUACCUAAAGACAUUAUGUUGGUAUUUUUAACUGAAUGCUUAAAACUGCUUUUUUAUGUGAAUUUUGGGUUGAUUCUGCAAUGUUGUUUACUUCAAAACCCCAACUCAGCUUUAUUAAUUGAUUACUAUAUGUGUGGAAACACUGAUCCCGAACAGAUAAAGUUUACAGAAAAGUUUAACCAAUCAUUUAUAUUGGCAAAAAAUCCCAAAACAUAUAAACAUUUUAUCUGGUGUUCAGUGUUAAUCCCAUACAAAGCACAAAUACAGCAUUACUCUGCUGCUCGUGUUCUGCCUAAACACACAUGUAAAUCCACUUUCCCUACAUUUUCCCAACAUACUCUCUUUCUGCAACUACUUCCUCAGCAGUGACCCAGUCUGUGACCCCCCCCAUAAUUCUUUCUCUCCCCGCUUAUUCCCCUUUUACCCCAAUGCUGCGGUCUAGUGCUGCCGCCAGCCCUAAUUAUUUGGCGUGUGGCUCCCUGGGCCCCUAAUAGGCUGAAGUGUUGUGGUUUACAGAGCGGGUGCAAAGUGCCUGUGAUUUCCAGCACCCAAUUAAGCAUUUAGGGCCACUUAACCACUGAAAGCCCAGUGGAAAAGCUGUAAAACCCUGCAUUAAAAAGAGAGAUGCCACGGCAGAGGCAUGACUAACUGCCCCCGGCGUUGCGGCACUGUGAGCAGUGCAAGAAUGCAGCCGGCCGUGCUGGAAGCAGCACGUCCUAUAACGUCUGACCUUACUCAGCUUUUGUGGUCAGCUCAGACAGGAUUUAAGCUCCCCUCUCCCCUAUGGGACCAAUAUGGCAAAUGAGAACAAUAUGCAGGUUGUGUGGGUUGUCCUCUUCUGAAAAGCAGCUGAAGCCGAUUAAAUGUUGUACAUACAGACCGACCGGUGGCUCCGAUAAGCUUCAAGUUAAACUUUGUGAAGAGCGUCACGUUAAUGCUCAUCUUAGCUCCAUUAACAGAUACGAUGCUGUAGGUCAAUGUCCGGCUUUCUCUAGCAGUUAAGCUUCAAAACUAAGCAGUAAGCUCCAAAGGCCAGUUUUAACAAGCAAUGCCAAGACUUGCUUUGAUUUCAUUUCUUGGGAAUUAUCUGAUGUUGUCAGCAUAAUGUCCCAUUACUGCUCUGCACAAAAUCAAACACAUCACCCACUGCCAAGUUCUUUUUCUACUGCUUUUUUCUUCAUAUUUUACAUUGCAAACUCUGGGGCCGGACUCCAGCACUUUAAAUUAAUGAAUGUGCAUGUUUAUCAAGCAUGUAAUCACAUUUUUUCUUGUUUAAUAUCUCCUGUCAAGGCAAAUAACAAGCUCACAUUUAAAUAUACUGCCUUCUUAGAGCAGGGUUGUCUUCAUCAAAUCCAGUUCAAUUCAAAACAGGUUUAAGUAGUUUUUUUUUUAUUAUGUUUUAUGCUGUUGACCUUUUGUAAAUAAUCUAAUUGGUGGAUUGAAAUGAAAUGGAUCCAAGCCCUGUUUUCAGACAGGCAAAAUCUUGUGUGACAUAUAUUAUGCUGAUAGGAUGAUAUACAGAAGCCAAACAUGGAUUACUUACCUCAGUAGCACACAUAGUAUAGUAGAACAUGUAGAAACACACACAGACUCAUCACAGAACCAAAGUAUACCUGUAUAUAUAACUUAUUAUUGUACAUAAUGUAUACAUUAAUAAAGAUGUAUGGCAAAAAUG